CAGGAGGGUCGGAAGGAAUUUCCCACAAUGCACUUGUCAUUACCGAACAAGUCCACAGCGCUGCCUCUGCUGUCAAACCCCAUGUAGCUCCGGCUCGCACUCUGCCUUCUCGCACUCUCCCUGCCGCUGACUGCUUUACUUUUUACUGUGUCACCUGCCUUGUGCUGAAAGACCCUGGCCCACUCCUCUUCCUUGUAGCUGCACUCCACUUGAAUUCACUGCGCUAUAGAUGCAAUGGCGUGCCGUCACCUCUGCACUUUGGCUUCGGUGGCCACUCUCCCAUACUUCAGGUCCACUGUGAAUGUUGGCCGACUUCCAAAGGUCAACCUACUCAAUUCUCUAGGGACAUGCCGCACCAAGAAGACCUGGCCCAAAAGCUUCACUCAGGAAGAGCUGAGGAAGCGUUUGACACCUAUGCAGUACCAUGUUACUCAAGAAAAGGGCACAGAGAGUGCAUUCAGUGGAGAAUAUACAGACAAUAAAGAGGAGGGGACGUACAGGUGUGUUGUCUGUGGUACACCUCUGUUCAUGUCAGAUAAGAAAUUUGAUUCGGGCUCAGGAUGGCCGUCCUUUUUUGAUCUGAUCAAAGAGGAAUCCAUUACACUGGAGGAUGAUUUCUCUUACGGCAUGCACAGAGUGGAGACUACCUGCAGUCAGUGUGGCGCACACCUGGGACACCUCUUUGACGAUGGCCCCCGGCCCACUAAGAAGCGUUACUGCAUAAACUCCGCCUCACUCGCCUUUCAGCCAAAAAAUGUAGCUCCUGAAGGGGCAGAGCAAAGCAGUACCACAGGCCAAUCAUCAUCUUCUUCUAGUAAGAGUCUGCUUUGAGGUGAAUUUACAGUAGACCAGUCAAGUAUUAGAACAUUGGUGUAUAACCUUUUAGAGUUUACUCCAAAUGACCAAAUACAGGUUAAGCCUGAUUCAUUACAGGUGAUCCUAGCAAUAAGACCGGCACGUCGUCCACCAAGCAGGCUAAUCAGUAGCAGUAUUUAAGCAGCAUAUGUUCAAUGGCCUUGACUGAUAUGCUCUACUAGUCAGUCACCCAUAAAACUUCCCCAUGUUCCAGAGAUGCAUGUUACCAGAAACAUCUCUCCAGAAAAUCUGCUGUGUGCUAUUUAACAAUGUUUUUGAUAGAGCAAGACUGUGGACUAUAGAUUUUUUUUUUUUCUUCCCAAAAAAAUAUAGUGGAACAUUUUUGCUUAGAAAUAAACUAUAUAUAUGUGUGUAUAUUUUACAGAGCGAUAUGUUGUUUUUGAAGUGAUAUUUGAUAUCAGGAGGUCGUAGGUUUAAGGAAAAUGCUAUGCAAAGUGCUCCUGUGAGCGGUAAAAUAAACACCAAGUAGAGAACAAAGCAUUCUUUGAAAUAAAAUGGAACAUAUGACAAAUGUUUAGUCUGAACACAAAUGUAGCCUGACUUUUAAGGGUGGGGUUUUGUCUUCCUGCUUGUGGUGCCUUUUUCUCCUUUCCUUGAAUAUUUUUGGGGGGUUUUGAUCUACAGAAUGUGUUGACAGUUGUGAUUAAACAAUUAUUGAAUCCUA